UAAAACAGUUCUUUGAUAAGUUAUUUAAGUGAUUUACUUCAAAAUAAUUGUUAUGAAAAAAACAAAUUAUCCAUUAUUGCAUAAAAAAUGUUCAGUAAAAUUCACAUCACAAAUAGAACCAAAUAUAAAAAUACGAGAUAGUAUUAAAGUAAUUCGAGAACCGAAUUCACGAUUUAAAGAAACAUCAAGUUACGAUGACACCGACCAAUGUUUAUCAAAAUCUGACGAAAAUAUUCAGAAGUAUUCGAAACCUGAAAUGAAUUCAUGUUUACAAUAUGCCCAACGCAUUUUAGAAUUGGAAGGAAAAUGUAACGAAACGAAAAAGUAUUGUAGUGUAGAUGAUUUAACGCCAUACGAAAAAAAAAUUGUCAAUAGACAGGUUUCAAAAAAGAUUAGUUUCCCCCCGGAUGUUCAAGUGUACAAAGAUCUAAUACCAUUGGACGUACCUACAGAAAAGAUAAAACAAUUCAAUGACCGUAACAAAACAUCAAAAAUAGAAUUUCGUAAAAAAGAUAUAACACCAAAAUUAUCAGAUUUUUAUACACCAAAAACAAAAAGUGAAUAUAAAGUGAUAGUCGACUCUCCGAUUCUAUCAGAUGUACCGGUUCGACAAUAUAAUGGAAUGACUUUACAUCAGAAAAUAUCUUCGUGGACGAUUGAAGAUCUUUAGUUUAAGUGUAUUAAUAAGGACUUAUUUUUGUGUAUUAGGCAUAAUAGGCUAGUCAUUUAGAAAAGAAAGGUUCACUGGUUUUUAUUGCAAGCAUCGUUCAAUGGGUUAUUAAAGAAAAAAAAACCGCGGUGUGCUAUUAAAUAAGAGGGUGGAAAUUGAAGAUAGAAAUAAAAAAGCACCCAUUUUUUUUUUUCCAAAUAUCUCGUAAAAUAAACAAAAUUUCGAGAAAUUGUAUAUAAAAAUUUUUGUAGAGAAUCCAAUUUUAUAUCGGAUUAGUAUUAUUUAAACAUAAAAAUAAAAAGCCAAAAAAGCCGUUCGCGAUCGGUAACAAAGUAUUUUAAUUACAAUUUAAAAAGAAACAUUUUCUUCGUUUAUAGUUGCCCUACAAUCUCUGCAUAAUUUUAAUCUCGUGGAUGCAUGAUGGAACCAAAGCCCGAUUCAAAUCCUUAAAAUAUGAUAUACAGUAAUCUUGAUAAACGGGACUCAAUGAGACCAGGACUAUUCUGAAAACUGGGAUUAUAUGGAAAAAUUUAUUAUAAUGUAUUAAUAAAAUACUUUUUUAUCGAUAAAAAAAAACACUAUUGGAAUCAAGCGAAACUGUA